GGGGUCAUCGCUGACCAGCCCCAGCCCCCGGACCCCGGGAGUCUGACGAAGCUGCAGGGCGAGGGCCGAAGCCAGGAGCAGCGGGAGGCACCAUGUUCCGCAAGAAGAAGAAGAAACGUCCGGAGAUCUCAGCCCCGCAGAACUUCCAGCACCGCGUCCACACCUCGUUUGACCCGAAGGAGGGCAGGUUCGUGGGGCUCCCGCCGCAGUGGGAGAACAUUCUGGACACGCUGCGGCGGCCCAAGCCCGUGGUCGACCCGUCGCGCAUUACCCGCCUGCAGCUCCAGCCCAUGAAGACAGUGGUGCGGGGCAGCACGGUUGAGUUGGAGAGCUACGUCUCAGGGCUGCUCAGCGACCUCCAGAAGCUGUCGGUCAUCAGCUCCAACACCCUGCGAGGCCGGAGCCCCCCGAGCCGGCGGCGGGCCCAGUCUCUGGGGCUCUUGGAGGACGAGCGGAGCCCGGACCCGCCUUCGCCGUGCAGCCCCCGGCCCGACGGCCCCCUCGGGCCCUACCUCAGCUGCAACGGGGGAGGCGGGCCCGGGGCCCGGCCGGGCGAAGCGCGGCCGAACGGGCUGGUGGGCAAAGCCCGGUCCCUGGGCCCCGCCGAGUUCCGGGGUGAUGCCCCAUGCGACCGGCGUGGGGUACGCGUGGGGGCCUCCCCGCCGCCGGCCUCCGCCGCCGCUCCUCCGGGCCGGGCCGGGAAGACCACGUGGCGGAGCUCGGAUGAGCGGAGGCCGCAGUCCUGUCUGGUGGCCCGGCCCGGCCGAGAGGGCAGCCCGAGCCCCCAGGCCCGAGACAGCAGCCUGAAGCGCCGCCUCUUCUGCAGCCUGUUCCUCCCGCCCGGGGCCGACGGCAGGCCGGGCUCCAAGCUGCAGAGCCAGCCCAUCCCCUACCGGAGGCCCCCACAGGACUCCUCGCCCACCCCCGCGGCCAAAGCGCAGUCCCUGCCCUCGGCCGAGCCGGCCCCCGCGGACCCCAACGGCAGCGGCAGCAGCCUCCAGCGGCCCCCGGGCCGCCCGUCCCCGGCGGGCUCCCCCCGCACCCGGCCGGCCCCGGCCCACGCCAGCAGCCCGCACCCGGCCCAGGAGCCCGGGCCGGUCCCGGGCCAGCUGGGGGGCGAGGAGCCGGGCGGGGGCGUGGUGACGCACGAGCAGUUCAAGGCGGCCUUGCGGAUGGUGGUGGACCCCGGGGACCCCCGACUACUGCUGGACAGCUACGUCAAGAUCGGCGAGGGCUCCACGGGCGUCGUCUGCCUGGCCCGCGAGAGGCAGUCGGGUCGCCACGUGGCCGUCAAGAUGAUGGACCUGCGAAGGCAGCAGCGCCGAGAGCUGCUCUUCAACGAGGUGGUGAUCAUGCGCGACUACCAGCACCUCAACGUGGUGGAGAUGUACAAGAGCUUCCUGGUGGGCGAAGAGCUGUGGGUGCUCAUGGAAUUCCUCCAGGGCGGUGCCCUCACCGACAUCGUGUCCCAGAUCCGGCUGAACGAGGAGCAGAUCGCCACAGUGUGUGAGUCCGUGCUGCAGGCCCUCGCCUACCUGCACUCCCAGGGCGUCAUUCACCGGGACAUCAAGAGCGACUCCAUCCUCCUGACCCUUGAUGGGAGGGUAAAACUCUCCGACUUUGGGUUCUGUGCUCAGAUCAGCAAAGAUGUCCCCAAACGAAAGUCCCUAGUGGGGACCCCGUACUGGAUGGCCCCUGAAGUGAUCUCCAGGACGCCUUACACCACUGAGGUGGAUAUCUGGUCUUUGGGCAUCAUGGUGAUUGAGAUGGUGGACGGGGAACCCCCAUACUUCAGUGACUCCCCAGUUCAGGCUAUGAAGAGGCUCCGUGACAGCCCCCCACCCAAGAUGAGGAACGCCCACAAGGCCUCCCCCGUGCUGCGGGACUUUUUGGAGAGGAUGCUUAUGCGAGACCCCCAGCAGCGGGCAACAGCGCAGGAGCUGCUGGACCACCCAUUCCUGCUGCAGACGGGGCUGCCCGAGUGCCUGGUGCCUCUGAUCCAGCUCUACCGCAAACGCACCUCUACCUGCUGAGCCACCCCGGGACUCCCAGCUGGGGCGGCCCGGGGCCUGCAUCCCCUCCGCCUUCAUCCCAAAGGCUCGGGGGGAGCCCUCCCGCCCACUGGGGCGUGGGGGCAGGGGGGCAAGCAGGAGAGCCCUCUAGGCACCACUCUGCCCGUGCCCAGCUUGGGUGCCGAGCCAGCCCGCCCUCUCGCAGGCCCGUGCCCCAUCCGUUUCCUUUGAGAAACCUGGCUGGCCUCAGACCGACCUCUGACCUCGGGCCUCAGCAAUGCCAUUCUAACCCAGGCUCCCCCUUGGCCACCCUGCCUGAGGAGGGACUGGGAGGGGGGGUGUCCUAUCUGAACCCACGUCCUGGCCUGCCUCUCGGAUCCUCUUAACGUUCCCCUAUCAUGGACUCAGGUGGGCCUAGGGGCCUUCUCAGUGGGAGCAGGGCUUCCCCUCACCCCCGCCAGGCCGACUCCUCUGAAAGCGGUGUGGGCCCUGCCCUCCCCGGAACCUCAUUCAGGAAAGGAGGGCCCUUUUCCCCUCCCACCUCCCCUGCCACCCGCCGAGGUCAAAUCUUGGGAUGUGGCGACUUGGCCCUGGCCUUCCCCUCCCCGGCUCGGGUCCUCAGCCCAGGGGGUCGAGGUUGACUGGUGCCUUGCAGGGGUCACCUUGUGAAGUGGCUCGUGGGUUUCUGUACCCUGGACUUGGGCAGGGGAAGGAACGGGGGCCUGGAACUUAGUUUCAGCUGUGAAUUGUGAUGGCAGGGGCACCCGGCCUGGCGGGUUGGCCUCCCCGUCCCCCCACUCUGGGCUCCGGGUUCCUUCUUGGGCAAGUCUCGGGGGGGUGGGGAGACGCUGCCGAGAGCCCAGUUGCCUUCAGCUUCUUCCUCAGAAGCCGCAGCUGCCCGUGCUGGGGCCGCUGCUGCCCUCCAGGAGCCCGAAGGGGGUCUGGGCCUGGUCGUUCCCACGUCGGUAGCGGGCAGGGUGGCCUCUCUCCGACAGGCCAGAACGGGCAGCGGAGUCUGGCCGUGGACAGAUAUCUUUGUGAAUCGUUUGCACUUGUUCAUGUUUGAAUUAAAAUGGGUGUUCUCA